AUGCUCGUACUUCCAGGAUCAUCCGCUAUCACAGAUUCUCGAAGGAAUGUCCUUCUCAAGGCUUUCCAGGCUCAUAUACCCGCUAUCACCUCUGUAGACGCCGUCCAUCUCCAUCUCGUCAACCCUACUUCCGACGAAUCUGCUGCUCUUCUUUCCGAUGAAAAGUCCAACGAACGAGCUAUCCUCAACUCAUUGUUAGCCUACGGAGAUUACGAGCAGCUGGAAACUACCAAGGCCUUCUUAGAGAGUGGAAUGAAGGGUACAAUUGGUGGAAAAACCAAUGCUCUUUUCAUCCUUCCCAGAGCAGGUACAAUCUCACCAUGGUCCUCAAAAGCUACAGAUAUCGCCAAGAUCUGUAGAUUGAAGGAACAUGUAGCUCGUCUGGAACGAGGUGCCUUGUACAUAAUCACAUCAUCCGAACCAAUAUCUCUCCCCGUUAUCCACCAUGAACUUCAUCUCAUCCACGAUCGAAUGACUCAACUCGUUCACACCUCUCUCCCAGCUGCUGCCACCGUCUUCCCUCCUGUUCCACCUCAUCCUUCGCCUCUCGUCACUGUGCCCAUUAUCGGUGCUUCAGACCCAACAGCCGUGCUUGGAGAAGCCAACGCUCGGUUAGGUCUCGCUUUGUCCGAUACUGAAAUCCCUUACCUUGUCGAAUCGUUCCUUGCUGCUGGUCGAAACCCUACCGAUGCCGAAUUGUUCAUGUUUGCUCAAGUCAACUCGGAACAUUGCAGACACAAGAUUUUCAAUGCCAAGUGGACGAUCGAUGGGAAGGAUAAGGAGAACAGCCUGUUCGGGAUGAUUAGAAACACUGAGAAAGUCGUCAAUUCAGCUGGUACACUCUCCGCCUACGAGGACAACGCUGCUGUUUUAGAGGGUUACGAAGCUACUAGAUUCGCAGUUAAUGGAAAAGAUGAUUGGAUAUAUAGCUCAAAGGUGGAGAAGAACCCUGUUUUGAUCAAGGUCGAAACUCACAAUCACCCAACCGCUGUUUCUCCUUAUCCCGGUGCAGCUACUGGUUCAGGUGGUGAAAUUAGAGAUGAAGGAGCCACGGGUCAAGGGUCGAAACCUAAGGCUGGGUUAGCCGGUUACACAACUUCAGAUCUCUUGAUUCCUGACUUCACCCAACCAUGGGAAUCCGAUAUCGGCAAACCUGCUCACAUUGCAUCGGCUCUGGAUAUCAUGAUUGAAGCUCCCCUCGGUGCUGCUGCCUUCAACAAUGAGUUUGGUCGACCUGCUCUUGGUGGUUACUUCAGAACUUUCCUAUUAGAAGCACCCACUGCUAAUGGUGAGAAAGAAUGGAGAGGUUACCACAAACCAAUCAUGAUCGCCGGUGGUCUCGGAAACGUUCGACCCCAGUAUGCUAGAAAAGACAAGAUCUCUCCUGGAUCAAAGGUCAUCGUACUUGGUGGUCCUGGUAUGCUCAUCGGUCUAGGUGGUGGUGCAGCUUCUUCCAUGGCUAGUGGUUCAAGUUCAGCGGACUUAGAUUUCGCUUCUGUCCAGAGAGAAAAUCCCGAAAUGCAAAGACGAUGUCAACAAGUCAUCGACGCUUGUAUCGCCCGAGGGGAUGGUGCUGGUAACCCUAUUGAAUCGAUCCACGAUGUGGGUGCUGGUGGUCUCUCAAAUGCUCUCCCAGAACUGGUCCACGACUCUGGUCUCGGUGCAGUAUUUGAAAUUCGAGAUGUGCUCGUCGAUGAUCCUGGUAUGUCUCCUAUGGAAAUUUGGUGUAACGAAUCGCAAGAGAGAUACGUACUUGCCGUCACCCCCGAAAAUCUCGCCACCUUUGAAGCGAUCUGUAAGAGAGAGAGGUGUCCGUUCUCAGUUGUGGGCACAGCCACCGAAGAGGAGAGGCUCGUCGUUACCGACCGAUUCCUCGGUGAUAGUCCUAUCGAUAUUCCUAUGCCUGUUCUUUUUGGUAAACCACCUAGAAUGCACCGAGAAGCUUCGACCGUCGAGCCCAAACAGGAUGCUUUCGACUCUUCCUUGUUCACCUACCUUCCGGUCUACAAAGGAGCACCCACGACUUCCCUCAUUGCCGAAACUGUCAAUCGAGUACUUCGAUUACCUAGUGUCGGCUCCAAAUCAUUCCUCAUCACUAUCGGUGAUCGAAGCAUCACUGGUCUCGUCGCGAGAGACCAGAUGGUCGGUCCUUGGCAGGUACCUGUCGCCGAUGUUGCCGUUACUCGAUCGUCUUACGGAUUCGAUACUGUGGUCGGAGAGGCUAUGGCAAUGGGUGAGAGAACCCCUCUCGCUCUCCUUAAUGCCGGUGCAUCUGCUCGAAUGGCCAUUGCCGAGUCUCUCACAAACUUGGCUGCUUCAUCCAUCGAAGAUAUCACCAAGAUCAAGCUCAGUGCCAAUUGGAUGUCCGCCGCUUCUCACGAAGGUGAAGGUGCCAAGCUUUACGAAGCUGUUCAAGCUGUCGGUAUGGACUUGUGUCCUAAACUCGGUGUCGGUGUGCCAGUAGGAAAAGAUUCCAUGUCCAUGUCGAUGAAAUGGGCUGGUGCCAAGGGCGAGCAGAACCAGGUCACUGCACCUUUAUCACUCAUCGUCACCGCUUUUGCACCUGUCAACCGUGUUGACCGAACUUGGACACCUCAGAUACAGACAGGUGCUGGAGAGAGUGUCCUCGUAUUCGUUGACCUUGCAAGAGGAAAACAGAGACUCGGUGGUUCGGCUCUCGCUCAGGUAUUCAAGCAACUUGGUGCUGAAGCUCCAGAUGUUGAAGAUGCUUCAGAUAUCCGAUCAUUCUUCGCUGCUGUCCAAGCUCUUAAAUCGUCCGAUACCGUUUUGGCCUACCACGAUCGAUCUGACGGUGGUCUUUUCACUACUCUCGUUGAAAUGGCUUUCGCUGGUCGAUCAGGUAUCGAAGUUUCCCUCGAUGCUAUCAGCAUACACGGUGACGCUAUCGCUUCGCUUUUCAACGAAGAAUUGGGUGCCGUCAUGCAAGUGCGAACCGCUGACUUGACCACUUUCACCGAUGCUUUCGUCAAAGCGGGUUUCCCUACUCAGCAUAUCCACGUGAUUGGUCGAGUAAAAGGUAGAAAGGAUCAAACUGUUACUCUGAUCCACAAAUCCGAAGCCAUCUACACUUCGACUCGAGGAGUUCUUCAGCAACUCUGGGCAGAAACUUCAUACCGAAUGCAAGCUAUCCGAGAUCAACCUGAAGGAGCCAAAGAAGAAUUCGACUCUAUCCUCGAUAACGACGACGUAGGAAUACAGUAUUCCGUACCGUUCCAGUACCUGCCUGAACCUCAGCCAGACGCCAAACGACCUCGAGUCGCCAUUCUUCGUGAACAAGGUGUGAACGGUCAUAUCGAGAUGGCUUGGUCAUUCCAUGCAGCAGGAUUUGAAGCUGUCGACGUACACAUGUCCGACAUCAUCUCAUCGAAAGUCUCUUUAUCUACUUUCGUGGGAUUGGCAGCAUGUGGUGGAUUCUCUUACGGUGAUGUUCUGGGAGCGGGUAACGGAUGGGCUCAAUCUGUCUUACUCAACGAAGUUGCCCGAAAGGAAUUCUCAGAAUUCUUCUACAGAAAAGAUACAUUCGCUUUGGGUGUAUGUAAUGGAUGUCAAUUCUUCUCUCAACUCAAAGAUAUCAUACCUGGUACGGAGAACUGGCCGGCAUUCAAAGCCAAUCGAUCAGAAAGGUUUGAAGGACGAGUAUCAACCGUUCAGAUUUCUUCUUCGUCCAAUUCGGUAUUCUUCAAGGAUAUGGAAGGAACCGUCAUUCCCGUUGCGAUAGCUCAUGGAGAAGGACGAGCAUCUUUCGAUAAUUCUACCGCUACCUUGGAGGGAUUGAACAAAGAUCGUUUAGUACCUGUUAGAUACGUGGAUAGUAAGAAACAAACCGCUACGUCGUAUCCUAAGAACCCCAAUGGAUCACCUGAAGGUAUAGCAGCUGUCCAAUCGAAAGACGGUAGAGUACUUGCUAUCAUGCCACAUCCCGAACGAGUCACUCAAUUGACUUCGAAUUCGUGGUACCCCAAGGAUUUGGCUAAGGCUGCAGGUGGAAAGGGACCUUGGUUCAGGUUGUUCCAGAACGCUUAUCAAUUCGCUGUAGAACAGAGGAAGUAG